AGCAACAGCAUACAAAACCAUCGAUUCAAUCGCAAUCACAAUCAUCAUUAUUGAAUCGUUUAUCAAUGGUUACGUCACCGAUAUCAUUACCAACAACAUCGACAACAACACAAUCAUUUUUAUCAUCAAAUUCAUAUGGAAAUCUAUAUCGAUCAGUUAAAUCGAAUAAUACAAAUAAUGCAAAUCAAACAAAUUCAUCAUCGUAUGUUGCACCACGUAAUGAAUAUGAAUCAUUGAUUAAAAGAUAUGCUGAAUUGGAUAGUUUUCAUGUUGAAGUGGUAACAAAAUUAUCAAUGACCGAAGCUGAAAAUCGUCAACAUCGUAAACGUAAUAAUGAAUUAAUACAACAAUUAAAUCAAUCGAUAAAUACACGUGAAACAAUCCAAGAUGAAUUAAUAAUGUUAACAACAAAAUAUGAAAAAUCACAACGUGAAAUACAAGAACUUGAAGAUCAAUUAAUAAAGGUAAAAAAACAACGUGAUGAAGCUAAUAAAGAAUGUCAUAAUGCUAUGAAUGGUCGUAAUAAAGCUAAUCGUGAACGACAACAAAUGUAUGAAGAACGUAAUAUUGCUAUACGUGAAUAUAAUCUAAUAAUGUCGGAACGUGAUUCCGUACAUAAAGAAAUUGAAAAAUUACAAGAAGAUUUAUUUGAAAUACAAAAACGUAAUGAUAAAAUUGAUAAAGAAUAUAAAAUUACAUUAGAAGAAAUGGAAUUAUUACGUCGUGAAUUAGCAUCAGCAUUAUUAGAUCGUGAUCGUACAUUAAAAACAUUAUCCGAAUUACGUGAAAAAUAUGGUGAAAAUAUAACAACAACAACAACAAAUCACCAUCAUCAUCAUCAUUCACAAUCAUCAUUACAACAACAACAGCAACAUGAUUUUAUAAUUGAUACCAUUAAUAAUAAUAAUAAUAAUUUAAGUAGCAGUAGUAAUAGUAGUUUGAUUGGUAAUUUUGUUGUUAAUCAAAUGAUGACAACUUCUUUGGUUAAUAAUAAUAAUCAACAACAUCAAUCACCACCAACAAUGUCAACGAUUAAAAAUUUAUCAUUAUUAAAUAAUAACAAUAAAAUUUUAGCUACAACAACCUCUUCAAGUACAUCAUCUGUAUCAACAUUUGGAACAACAACAACCAAUAAUAAUCAUAAUCUAGUCAAUAAUAAUAAUAAUAAUAAUGAAAAUGAAUAUUUACGUGAACAAAUCAAACAAUUACAAUUAGAAUUACAACAUGUUAUACAGGAAAUUGAUUUAUAUAAAUCACGUCGUGAUUGUGCUGAAAAUGAACGUGAUAAAAUUAUAUUAGAACGUGAAAGUGUACGGGCACUUUGUGAUAAAUUAAGAAGAGAACGUGAUCGUAAAAUAAGUGAUUUAGCUGAUGCAUUAAGAGAAUUAUAUGAAAGUAGAAGACAAAAAAAUGAAACAACAAAAGAAUUAGAAUUAUUAAAAGAAAAAUUUGAUUUAGCAAUGAAAGCAAAUAAAUUAAAUCAUGAUAAACAACAACAACAACAACAACAAUCAGCAACAACAACAACAUCUUCAUCAACAACAACAACAACAAAUAAACCAAGUAUUACCUGUACUAGUCAAGAUUCGGCUAUUGAUGUUGAUGAUGUUCAAGCUGUUGUUGUAUCCGCUACUAAUAAUAAUAAUAAUCAUCGACAACAACAACAACAAUCUUUAAAUCAUAAUAAUAAUCCAAUAAGACGUUUAUUUGGUUUUGCCGGUGAUUUAGUUUGGAUUGUAAAUCAUACAAGUUUACCAAUCGGUGAUAAUAUUUUAAAUGUAAAUGAUCGUAUUGUAUCUAUAAAUGCACCACCACCAUCAACAACAACAACAACAACAUUAUCACCUGGUACAUUGUUACCAACGAAUAAUCAUCAUCAUUUGAUUAAUGAACAACAACAAAUGAAUAAUCGUUUAAUCGAUACGGAUAAUAAAUAUCAUUAUCAAACAUUAUUGAAUGAUUAG